AUGAGACCGCCGGGUUUUCAGCCAGCGGCAGCUGCCGCGGCCGACGUUUUGCCAGCUGCUCCUGAUGGACAGCAGGCCGACGAGGGCGAGGAGGAGGCUCGCCCGAGGGUGCUGAAGGCACCUCACGAGCCCUCUCAGAGGGAGAUCGUCGAGCACGAGGCGAUGGGACACGCGACCUACCGCAGUUGGUGUCGCGUGUGUAUUGCGGCAAAGGGCCAAGGCCAGCCGCAUCUCCGCGCACCGGAGGACGACGAGACGGCGGUGCCGGUGGUCUCGUCCGACUACGCCUUCAUGGGCCAGGACGACGCGGACACCAUGCCGAUGCUGGUCCUUAGGGAUCGACGCUCGAAGAUGAUGGCAGCGACAUUCGUGGAGAAGAAGGGCGACGACGCCUACGCCAUCAAGUUCUUCGCACGCUUCUUACGGAUCCUGGGCUACAGGAAGAUCGUCAACAAGUCCGACGGCGAGCCAGCGAUCCUGCUGGUCAAGAGGCGUGCGGUGGAGGAGGUUCCUGGCCUCGAGGCCAUUCCCCAGGAGUCGGCACCGGCCGAUCAUCAGGCCAAUGGGGAGAUCGAGGUCACGGUGCGCGAGAUCAAGAAGCAGGUGCGAGCGCUCAAGAUGGACCUGGAGUCCAAGCUGGGUGUCAAGGUGGAGGACAAGCACCCAGUGCUAGCGCACCUGCCGGAGCACGCCGCGGCGGUGAUCAACCGAUACAGGCGCGGCCAGGACGGCAAGACCGCUCUUCAGCGGCUCACGGGACGGCAGUGGAGGAAGCCGGUCCCGCUCUUCGGUGAGCGCCUGAUGGUGCGGUUCGCCGGGGAGCGCGCGAGGAAGAACGCGCUGGAGGAGCAGAUGGUGGAGGCUCGCUACAUCGGCCACCACCCGCGCGACGGCUCGAUGAUGGUCAUCACGAGCGACGGUGUGAAGAAGGCGGUCGGCUUUCGCAGCCUGCCGCAGAGCGAGAAGUGGAUCACGGCGGGCUGGGACAGCCUGAAGGGCCUGCCGUGGGACGUGGCUCCGCGUGCGGCCAGUGCGCCGCGAGCCAUCGUCGGACCGGGAGAGGCCGGUCCGCCACCGAUUGUGGUGGUGCCGCCGCAGCCGCAGGCGCCGAGGAGGAUGUACGUUCUCAAGGCGGACGUCGAGCGGCUGGGCGCAACGCCGGGAUGCCCAGGGUGCGUCUCGAUCGCCAAGCACGGCAAGGUGCUGGCUGGCCAUGCGCACAACGCGGUGUGCAGCAAGAGAAUCUUCGAAGCGCUGGACGCUGAGGAGGCAGGCCGGGAGAGGACCGGCCAGUAUCGAGAGCGGAGGCAGGGCCAAGAGGCCAGAGUCCGCCCGGCGGCAGCGGCCGCGGCAGGGACCCCUCCGCCGAAGACGGCUCGGAGGAUCACCGAGCCGGUGGCAGCGGCGGCGUCGGCGCCGGCCGCGAGCCGAUCGGCAGCAGCGCCAGCCGCAGCGGCGCGCAUGCGAGAGAGCCAGCCGGGAGCAUCAGGCUCCGGCGUGGCGGCUCCUUCAGGAGGGGCGAGCUCCAGUUCGGGAGCAGUGAGAGCGGCAGCGGCCGCCGAGGAUGUCGACAUGACCGCGACCAGGUCGCGGCUGAAGCGCUUGGCGGAGGUGGCCCCGGAUGACGUGCCGGAGGCCCUCGAGCGCGGUGAUCCACAGCCGGCAGACGUGCCGGUACCGGUGGACAUGGAGGAUCUCGCGGCGCAGCCGGCGCCAGCGGAGGGACCUCAGCUGCCAGCUGGAGUGGCAGUCGUGUGGAACGCCAGUGAGGGGAGACACAUGCGGGUGCUCGCUCUCGACGUGGCGUCGAUCGAGCUGGUCGAGCUCGGAGUGCUGACGAGAGCGAAGGCGGAGUUGCUUCCGCUCGUUCGCGAGCAGGUCAGCGGCCAUUGGGCCAGCGUCGGCGUGGACAUCGCCGACGAAGAGGCGGACAGCAUCGCCUUAUCGGCGUUGCAGCUGGGCGCCGUGGACGUGGCAGAGGUGUACUCGCCACAUCGGUUCUCGGCUCGGGCGGCGGAGUUUCAGCUGCGCCCGGGCUUCGCGGCGGACCUGGAGGAACUCAAGGAGGACGGGGCGCCGUGGGACUUGCGGCGACCCGAGGAUGUCAAGGAGCUCGAGGAGCAGCAGGAGCGGAUGGAUCCCAUCCUGCUCACAGGGUCCCCUCCAUGCGAGAAGUUCAGCUUGCUGAGGGGCCUGAGCGCCAAGUUCAGGACCGAUGAGCAGGAGGCGGCUGAGAUGGAGGAGGCCAGACACCACCUGAAGGUGGCAGUCGACGCCUACUGGCGUCAGCUCAGGAAGCCAGGCAGGUACUUCCUGCAUGAGCAUCCCUGGAGCGCGCGAUCGUGGAAUGAGGACAUCGUCAAGGAGCUGGUCGCGCAUCCAGGAGUCUUCACGGUCAAAGGCCCCAUGUGUCGGUGGGGCAUGAAGCUCACGAACCCACGCAGUGGCCAGGAGGAGUUCGUGCGCAAGGAGACCGGGUGGGUCACCAACCACCCAGGCUUAGCCCGGAGACUGCAGGGCACUUGCAGCAAUGUGGACGGACGCGCGGAGUGGCAUCGCCACAUCACGCUCGUGGGCGGCAUCGCGCGGUUUGCGAAGGUCUAUCCACCGAAGUUGGUGGAGGCGGUGCUGGAGGAGCUCAAGGACACGCUGAAUGACGUGGGGGAGCUCAGCACCGCCCAGGUGCAGCAGUCGGGCCCAGUCCCUGUGGACGCGGCGGUGCCGCCCGGGGACUGGACGAGCUACUGGGACGACGUCAAUGGCGGCUACCUGGAGGCGGGCCUUGUGGCCCAGGCUCGCGCGGUCGAGCGCGAGUGGGUCAAGAAGCAGGAGCUGAUCGAGAUCGUCCCGAGGAGUCGCUUCGCAGGGGGCAGGAAGCCGGGCAACUUCAAGAUCGGCUUCUUCGACAUCAGCAGGGCGCACUUCUACGGGAAGGCGCAGCGGAGGAUCUUCGUGGAGCUGGAGGAGGAGAGUCGCAAGGAGUACGGUGAGGACAAGUGUGGCUUACUCCUCAAGUCCUGGUACGGCACGCAGGACGCCAGCAAGAUCUGGCAGGGCGACUACACGGAGCUGUUGGAGGAACACGGCUACAAGGCGGGCGUGUCAUGCCCAGCGGUCUUCUACAAGGAGGUGGACGAGACGAGGCUGCUGGGGCACGGCGACGAUUUCGCGGUGCUGGCUCAGCAGCAGGACAUCGACAGCUUCGAAGCCACGUUAGGCAAGAAGUACGAGUUCAAGAAGACUGCGAACCUCGGCUUCGACGAGGGCGACGACAAGCAGGCGGUCUUCCUGAAUCGGGUCAUCGAGGUCAGUGCGGGAGUUCCGCCUGGCGGUGGCCGACCCUGCCGGCAUGCGAUGAUCGAGCCGGACAAGCGGCACGCAGAGAUCGUGAUCGACGAGCUGGGUCUCAGCAAGGCCAACGGCGUGGACACGCCGAUGGAGAAGCGCAGCGCCGACAAGCAGAUGAUGGACGCGAAGUCGGCGGCGCUGGGAACGGCGGAAGCUUCGCGCUUCCGAUCCCUCACCAUGAGGGUAGCCUACCUGUCUCAGGACAGGCUGGACUUGGCAGAGGCAUCGAAGACGCUCGCCAGGUCCAUGCAGACGCCGACGGAGGCGAGUUGGCUCAUGCUCAAGAGGGUUGGCCGCUACCUUAAGCGGCAUCCCAGUACGGUGACGGUCUUCACGGAGCAGAAGAUGUUCGACAAGAUCCGAGUGUACGUGGACUCCGAUCAUGCGGGCUGCGCAGUCACUCGGAAAAGUACCGGAGGCUUCGUGGCGAUGCUGGGGCAUCACGUCAUCAAGCACGGCAGUAAUCUUCAGUCGACGGUCUCUCUGAGCAGUGGGGAGAGCGAGUACUACGCCCUGGUGAAGGGCGGGAGCGUGGGCCUGGGUCUACACAGCCUCUUCGCAGAUUGGGGGCUGGACCUGAAGGUGGAGCUCGCCUCAGACUCAUCGGCGGCCCGGGGCCACGUCCAACGGCGAGGUCUCGGGAAGAUGCGACAUGUUCAAUCCCGAUACCUGUGGAUCCAGGAGCGCGUGGGCAAGGGCGACCUCUCGAUCGCCGCGGUUCCUGGUAAGAACAAUGUCGCGGACGUGCUGACCAAGAGCGUGGGUGGAUCUCUCUUGAGGAGACACAUGGCGACGCUCAACAUCUGGGAUCGGGCACCGAGUUCGACCCAGAAGGAUAUCAAGUGA